GCAGAAGGAAGGAAGGGGGUUUGAGGGGGUUGGGAGGUAGCGUCCAGUCCGUCGGCGCAGACAGCUCUGCCAAACCUCCAACUCCCUCAGUCCUGCCGCCGCUGAGAGCCCCACAAGGCGAGGAGGGAAGUCAGCCGGAGCAGAGGGGAGAAAAUUCAAAACGAGUCUACUCAACCUCGUCUUGGCUCCGAGGCCCGGCCGUGGAGACCAGCACAAUGCGCAGGCGCACCCCUCUGGGAGCGCGCAGCGCAGUCCCAUGAGGUCAGACCACUAUCGGCCACCGUCGCCGGCUUCCCUUCUGAGUCGUCCUUUUCCCCCCGCAUUUCCGCCCCUCUCCUGGAUCUAAAAUCCGAAGAGUCCUAAGAGACAAGAGCUCCCGUUCUCUGACUACUAACCCAUACGUUUCUGUGGGCAAGUCUUGUGUGUUCUCCCCGCCAUGGCUCAGCUCCAGACUCGCUUCUAUACUGACAACAAGAAAUAUGCAGUAGAUGAUGUUCCCUUCUCAAUUCCCGCUGCCUCUGAAAUUGCUGACCUUAGUAAUAUCAUCAAUAAAUUGCUGGAGGUCAAAAAUGAGUUCCACAAACAUGUGGAGUUUGAUUUCCUUAUCAAGGGCCAGUUUCUGCGAAUGCCCUUGGUCAAACAUAUGGAACUGGAGAACAUCUCAUCAGAAGAAGUUGUGGAACUAGAAUACGUGGAGAAGUACACUGCACCCCAGCCAGAGCAAUGCAUGUUACAUGAUGACUGGAUAAGUUCAAUUAAAGGGGCGGAGGAAUGGAUCUUGACAGGUUCUUAUGAUAAGACUUCUCGGAUCUGGUCCUUGGAAGGAAAGUCAAUAAUGACAAUUGUGGGACAUACAGAUGUUGUAAAAGAUGUGGCCUGGGUGAAAAAAGACAGUUUGUCUUGCUUAUUACUGAGUGCCUCAAUGGAUCAGACUAUUCUCUUAUGGGAAUGGAAUGUAGAGAGAAACAAAGUGAAAGCUCUACACUGCUGCCGAGGUCAUGCUGGAAGCGUGGAUUCUAUAGCUGUUAAUAGCUCUGGAACUAAAUUUUGCAGUGGCUCCUGGGAUAAGAUGCUAAAGAUAUGGUCUACAGUCCCUACAGAUGAAGAAGAUGAAAUGGAGGAACCCACAAAUAGACCAAGAAAGAAACAGAAAACAGAGCAGUUGGGACUAACAAGGACUCCCAUGGUGACCCUCUCUGGCCAUAAGGAAGCAAUUUCCUCGGUUCUGUGGUCAGAUGCUGAAGAAAUUUGCAGUGCAUCUUGGGACCACACUAUUAGAGUAUGGGAUGUUGAGUCUGGCAGUCUUAAGUCAACUUUGACAGGAAAUAAAGUGUUUAAUUGUAUUUCCUAUUCUCCACUUUGUAAACGUUUGGCAUCUGGAAGCACAGAUAGGCAUAUCAGACUAUGGGAUCCCCGAACUAAAGAUGGUUCUUUGGUGUCACUGUCCUUAACCUCACAUACAGGCUGGGUCACAUCAGUAAAGUGGUCUCCGACCCAUGAACAGCAACUGAUUUCAGGUUCUUUAGAUAACAUUGUGAAGCUGUGGGAUACAAGAAGUUGUAAGGCUCCUCUCUAUGAUCUGGCUGCUCAUGAAGACAAAGUUUUGAGUGUAGACUGGACAGACAUAGGGCUACUUCUGAGUGGAGGAGCAGACAAUAAAUUGUAUUCCUACAGAUAUUCACCUACCACUUCCCAUGUGGGGGCAUGAAAGUGAAUUCACUUCGAUUAUAGAAAUUCUUUCUAUAAAUGAAAUGGUAGAGAAUCAUUAGAUUACAUUGAUGCAGAUGCAGAAAACCGCCUUUUAGGUUUAUAUAAUGCUUUUGCCCUAACAUAUCACUAUCUUUUUUUUCUUUAUUUUGUAUUUAUAAUACAAUAGUUUGUGUUUGUAAAAUAUAAAGGUGGCCUGCAUUCUGUACCCUGUGCAAACUCUUGUAAUUAAACUGAGUUUUUAAUUUCUUUUUAAA